UGCUGCCCGUACUCAAGAUGGCGGCCCCGGCGGGCGGGGCCCACGGCUCGGAGACCGCGCGGAGGAGCGGCAGCAUGGCGGCGGUGGCCGAGGAGCCGCGUCGGGGGUACUGGGACGACGAGGAGGAGGAGGAGGAGGAGGAGGCAGAGCAGUUGGUUCUGGUGGAAUUAUCAGGAAUUAUUGAUUCAGACUUUCUCUCAAAAUGUGAAAAUAAAUGCAAGAUUUUGGGAAUUGAUACUGAGAAGCCCAUUCUGCAAGUGGACAGCUAUGUCUUUGCUGGAGAGUAUGAAGACACUCUUGGGACCUGUGUUAUCUUUGAAGAAAAUGUUGAACAUGUGGAUGCAGAAGGCAAUAAUAAAACAGUGCUAAAAUAUAAAUGCCACACAAUGAAGAAGCUCAGCAUGACAAGAACUCUUCUGACAGAAAAGAAGGAAGGAGAAGAAAACAUAGGUGGUGUGGAAUGGCUGCAAAUCAAGGAAAAUGAUUUCUCCUGUAGACCCAACAUGAUUUGUAGUUUUCUGCAUGAAAAUGAAGAGGAUGAAGUUGUAGCUCCAGACCCAGAUAAAUCUUUGGAGUUGGAAGAGCAAGAGAUUCAAAUGAAAGAUAAUUCAAACCUGAGUUAUGAACAGGAGAAACCACCGAACUUGGAUAUAGAGGAUUCUGGUCCUCUUAUUGAUAUCCCUUCUUCUGAGACAGAAGGCUCUGUUUUUAUGGAAACUCAAGAAACUGCCUUAGAAAUCACUCCUAGAUGAAAUGUUUCUCAUAAAAACUAGUCAUGAAGUUUUUAGAGUUUUUAUAUAAAAUAACUGGCUUUGUAGUUU